AAGCACACCCCAGAUCUACCCGCGCAGGCGCAGGACACGGCCGAAACGAAAAGAAAAACGGAAGAAAACGAGACUACCCUCCCCUGUCCGUACAUGGUCCCUCCAAUCUCUCCUCUCUGCAGACUGCAAUCAGACUCCGGUCACACAGGAAGCGGAAGCGGCGGCGGGCGAAGCGCGCGACGCAGCGCAGCGUAACACCAGGCCGCCGGGCGCUCCACGGAUCAUCCUCUCCUCUUCUUGCCGGAGAUCCACCACCGGGGCGGCCAUUUUCCCCUUCCUCAAUCAAGCCGCGCUCGAGAUCGACGGCCGCUGCUUGCAGCAAUUCUUCGUCCGUUGCCGUGCGACCGAGAAUAAACUGAGGCUCAGGCAUGAGCUUUCGGGACCAGGAGAGUGGCGGGGAGGAUGCGGGCAGGACGUCCUCCGCGUCCGACCUGCGGAAGCCGCUCCUGAACACCGGGAGCUGGUACCGCAUGCCGCCGCCGGGCGGCAUGAUGGGCUCGCGGCAGUCGAGCCUCAUGGAGCGCCUAGGCUCCUCUGCCUUCUCCCUCCGAGACGUUGCUAUCUCGGCGACGCUCUGCACGCUCAUUGUGGCUCUAGGUCCUAUCCAGUUCGGUUUCACCUGCGGUUACUCCUCUCCCACGCAGGACGCCAUCAUUGCUGACCUCGGCCUCUCACUCUCCGAGUUCUCUCUGUUCGGAUCGUUAUCAAAUGUAGGGGCGAUGGUAGGUGCCAUCUCCAGUGGGCAACUUGCAGAGUAUAUCGGCCGCAAGGGGUCUCUCAUGAUUGCUGCAAUUCCAAACAUAAUUGGGUGGCUUGCGAUAUCAUUUGCAAAAGAUUCCUCAUUCUUGUUUAUGGGCCGGCUGCUAGAAGGAUUUGGAGUGGGUGUAAUAUCUUAUACAGUACCGGUUUAUAUUGCAGAAAUCGCUCCUCAGGAUCAGAGGGGAGCUCUUGGUUCUGUCAAUCAGCUCUCCGUCACAGUUGGUAUAUUGCUUGCCUACCUGUUUGGCAUGUUUGUUCCCUGGAGAAUUCUUGCUGUUCUAGGCAUUUUACCUUGUUCAAUCCUGAUUCCUGGACUGUUCUUUGUCCCUGAAUCCCCAAGGUGGCUGGCAAAAAUGGGGAAGAUGGAGGAUUUUGAAUAUUCACUGCAAGUUCUGCGAGGAUUUCAGACGGACAUUACAGCAGAAGUAAAUGAAAUAAAGAGAUCAGUAGCAUCAUCAAGGAGGAGGACAACCGCCAUAAGGUUUGCUGAUAUCAAGCAGAAGAGAUACAGUGUUCCCCUUGCGAUAGGAAUCGGUCUCCUUGUCCUGCAGCAGCUAAGUGGUGUCAAUGGCAUUCUAUUUUAUGCUGGGAGCAUCUUCAAAGCUGCUGGUAUUACAAACAGUAAUCUAGCAACCUUUGGUUUGGGGGCUGUUCAGGUGAUUGCUACUGGAGUGACAACCUGGUUGACUGACAAAGCUGGUCGAAGGCUUCUUCUCAUUAUUUCUACCACAGGAAUGGUCAUUACUCUUGUCAUUGUUUCUGUGUCAUUUUUUGUGAAGGACAACAUAACUGCCGGUUCUCACUUAUACUCUGCAAUGAGUAUGCUUUCACUGGCUGGACUUGUGGCAUUUGUGAUUGCAUUUUCUCUUGGCUUGGGAGCAAUUCCAUGGGUCAUUAUGUCUGAGAUUCUUCCUGUUAACAUUAAGAGCCUUGCUGGAAGUGUUGCAACCCUUGCGAACUGGCUAACAGCAUGGGCCAUUACAAUGACUGCAAGCCUAAUGUUAAACUGGAGCAAUGGAGGAACCUUUGCUAUCUAUGCCGCUGUGUCUGCCAUGGCCCUCAUUUUCGUGUGUUUGUGGGUGCCGGAGACCAAGGGAAGAACAUUAGAGGAAAUCGCAUUCUCAUUCCGCUGACACGUCAUGAUCUAGGUAUGAGAAGCCACCAUGUGCUAUUGAGUCAUGCCACAGGGCCAUUCAGUUCAUGGAUUCCGCGGCAAUCUUGCAGCCAUUCUUUGCUUGGAUGUAUCAUCUUCAGUGUUCAUAUGAAUGUACAUUGUACAAUAUGAGGCCAUAGUAGAAGGCAAGUGUGUUUAUAUAUAUAUAUGUAUGAGGUACGAUGGAAUAGUAGCAGAGGCAUUCAACCCUUGCACGGGUUGUGGAGGAGAGCAAUUUAUUUGUUGUAUUCAUCAGCUAUAAUAUGUCCGGUUAAAUACCGGGCACGCAUUGGAAUUUUGAAACAAUAAAUUUUGAGCAAAUUUGUACC